UGUCGAGUUAACUGUGCAUAUAUUUUAUUAUAUGCAGUUAGUAGUUUAAAUUCCCUGCAAUAUCGGCGCCACGAUCUGUUUCCUUUGAAGAUAGUCGAUAACAUCACCUGCGAUUGAGUUGAUAUUAAAAAAAUAUGAAAGUUGAAAAGAAUUUAUUUUUAAAGAGACACACUGCUAUUCGAUUCUAUACUUACAUCGAGAAAUUAUAUUUAAUCAAACGGAAGGUAAAAAUAAUUGAUUCGAGUAUAAAUUAGAGGAGAGCUAUCAUAUAUCGUAGAAGUGGAAUGAUUUGACGUAAUUCGAAAAGCGAAGGAGUCAAAUGCAUAAUAGGUAUAUUCGGUAAAAAGAAAUAUUUGACGAUUUAUAUAGAGAAUAUUCGAUCGAAUCACGAUCGGACAUUGAUUUGUAUAUUUUACUAUUGCGAUGAAUCAUCGGAUCGCGAGGAAGGUAAAAAGUGGAAAUAUCGUAUAUGUAUGAGAGGGUGUUUUUUGUUGAUUUAUUAUAGAUAGGAGAGAACAGAAGGGAGGUAGGAAUGAAUAUGUAGUUCGGAUCUCGGAGUGCACCUGCAUCGUGCUCGUCCGGUGGCGCCAUUUGGUAGGAAACACGCGAACCGCUCGGAGGAGGCCCGAAGGGGGCUCCGCGCUUUCGUCGUGCGGUCAGAGACACGAGAGAGCGAUAGACAUAGACGACGACGACGACGGCUCGUCGUUCGAACAACGCGCUACGUGCAACAAAGAUGGAGAGAGAUCAUCGAGUUCGUCGAUGGUGGGGAUAUUUCGCGAACAGUUGCUGCUUCCUCGAUGGUUAAGAGAGGGGGACCGAACGAGUCGAGCGCGGGAAGGGUCGGAGGGUGGGAGGGAGAGGGAGGGAGAGAGAGAGAGAGAGAGAGAGAGAGAUCGUCGAGCGUGUACAGCAUGAACGUCUAGUAGUGGCAUGUUUCAAACACUCGACAUGCUCGUAGCUGGUGCGAGCUGUUAAAACGUUUGUACAUAUCGCUAUAUCGUCGCUAAAUAAGUCACGUCGUUAUUCGGCAACAAAUCUUAUGAAUUUACGUAUGUGUAAGUAAUUAAUUACGUAAGAACGACGAUCGACCGUUGUUCAUAACGUUGUAACGUCAGCGUCAAGAGUAUAGCAGUACGUGGAAGUUUGAGAUAAUAGUAAGUGGUGUUUCGAGCUAAGCAGCAGUAGUAGUAGUAGUAGUGCAGUAGUAGUAGUAGUUGAACGAUCAAGAGAGCGGAUUCACGUUUUUUCGUGAAGCCAAGAGAAAAGGUGCCUUCCAGAUCGACGUCGGUAGAACUGGUGGUAUCUUUGGAAUUCGACGGUCGUGCAGUGUGUGUAUACAUGAGGGACAAGAAGAAAGGGUAAAAGAGUGGGAGAAGGUGGAAAAGAAAGAGAGAAAAAGGGUAGGGGAAACGGAAAGAAAUAGAGAACUGCAGUAGGAGGGGGACGGAGAAGGGGUGAAGGGAAGAAGAGCGAGUACGGUGAAAUGUGCUUCGCGGCGGCCCCUUGGAAGCUGGUGAUAGCGACGCGCAUCGCUUAAAGCAGGUCGCGAAUUCUCGAUGCCGCUGGCGGCUACACUGCUGUGAAACUCGCCUCGCAUAAAAGUCACCAUCGAGGAGAGGACAUUCUGCCGAGAGAGAGAGAGAGGGAGAAAGAGAAAGAGAGGAGAGAGAGAGAUUUUUCUUUCUCUCUAAAUAAGUUUGUUAUUAUUUGUUUUAUCUUCUCUCUCUCUCUCUGAUUCUUUUACGUGCAUACGUUUGAGAAUAAUACGCGUAUGCUCUUACGAGCGUCGCGUUGACGAAACGCAAGAGGAUCGAUAUUUUUCGUCGCGUUGAAAAGUGUGUUUAAGCAGGUUCUCCCGGAGCGAGAACGCGAUGACGUGCUUGGAUCGUAUUCGUAGUUGACCUCGUUGUUUCGACGCGAUCAUGACUCUUUUCGUGCGUAAAAGUUGAAAGGAAGAAAAAGAAAAGAAGCAAAUAAAUUCUCGCGGACGAAAGAGGAAAAUGAUGUAUUGCCGUCGGGUCGUUGUUUCUUUUGUCGUCGUCGUCGACGUCGGCGACGACGUCGAGCUUUCGCCGUGGACUCGCGCGUGAGUGUUCGUCGCUUUCACGAAGGAAUAUAAAAAGAAGAAGAAAAAGUUGUAAGAAGGUAACGCAUGAUCGCAGUGAUUAAUAAUUUGUGGAUUACUUUACGAUCGAUGCGUCGAGCGGAGGCGCGCGCGCGCGCGCUCCGGUAAAUAACAGAGAUCGUUGAGAAAAAGAAGAGGAAGAACGGUACCGACGACUCGGUGAUGAAACAGCAGACCAAGUCGCCGCCGCCGUCGUCGUCGUCGUUGUCGUCGUCGCUGCCGUCGUUGCCGUCGCCUCGUCAAAGUUUUUUUUAAAAAGAAAAGGAAACGCUCGGCCGGCACACAGCCGGCCGGCUACGAACGCUGGAAUUCCGCUCGAGAGGAAUCCGAAGGCGGAGACUUUGACGUCACUUGGCUCAUGAUAAUGAAGUAUUCAUGAUGGCGGAGUAGCAAGGAAUAUAUACAUAGUGCACGUGCGCGUGCGAUCCUCUCGUGGUCGUGGUCGUGGUCGUCGCCGUCGCGGUUGCGUCAGGGUUGCGUCGAACUUCUAGUCGAACACCACCGUCGCCCUGCCGCCCCACUCCUACUCGGCGGGGCCCCCACCCCUCGGUCACUUACCACCCUCCGUAUAUGUGUGCGCGCGCCUCUUUCGAGCGUGUGCUCGCGCGCGCACGGAGAUAUGCGCCCGUCGACCGCCGCCGCUCGGUGAUAGAGAGUUUUGGAUGGAUUUAGAGCGCAGUGAAAUAUGCCAAGGAGACGGAAUGGGGAGAUACCGCUACCGGAAGGGUGGGACGUCGCGCAGGAUUUCGACGGGAAGGUUUACUUCAUCGAUCACAACACAAGGAAGACUACGUGGAUCGAUCCUAGGGACAGAUUUACAAAGCCGCAAACGUUCGCCGAUUGCAUCGGAAACGAGCUUCCCCUUGGUUGGGAAGAGGCCUACGACAAACACGUGGGUGCUUAUUACAUCAAUCAUGUUAAUCAAACGACUCAGCUCGAGGAUCCGCGGCAGGAAUGGCGGGCAAUUCAAGAAGCCAUGCUACGAGAAUACCUUCAAACAGCGCAGGACGUACUCGAGGCAAAGAAGGAGAUUUACGACGUGAAGCAACAGAGGCUGUGUCUGGCUCAAGACGAGUACAAUCACCUCAACAAUGCAUUAACGACGCUCGGCGCAUCGCGUACCAGCCUGUGCUCAAGCUCGAGUUCCUUGAGUACCAAGUACGAUCCAGAUCUACUGAAAUCCGAUGUUGCGCUCGCGAGGAGUCGAGUGUCCCGGCUCAAACGAGAGCUCGAACAAAUUCGAGCGGAGAUGAAUUGCACGCAACGAGGAGUCGACACACUUGCUAGCGUUGAGCAAAAGCUGAGCGGCCAUCAUGGGGGUUGUUACAAUAUUACGGAAGCUCAGGCAAUCAUGACGGAGUUGAGAAAUAUUCAAAAAUCUUUGAGCUCCGGUGAAAAAGAAAAGGCUGAGUUGAUGCAAUCGUUGGCUCAAUUAAAAGACGAAUUGACGAGGCUGCAGCUUUGCGAGGGUAGCCCAGAGGCUAGUACACUUAGUUUACCUCAGGAAAAGCUCAGCACUGCCUCUCAGACAGAUCUUUCCGGUGAAUUGGUGCCAAUUGGUACGAGGCUAGCCGAAAUGGCGAGAAUGAGGCUACAAUACGACGAGGCGAGGAAGAGGAUACAACAUAUUCAACAACAAUUGGCCGAUCUCGAAGAGAAAGUGACUCCUGGUCAAACGGAAAGCGAUAAGGACAAGUUACUACUCUUUCAGGAAAAGGAACAAUUGUUGAGAGAGUUGCGUAGCAUAACUCCAAGGACGAGGACCCAGCAGGACAUGAAGAAGAUACAGUGCGAGAUACGACGUCUCGAGCAGGAUCUUAACAAUGCCCUGGAGUUGUCGAACAAGACGAUUACGGACCGAGUAAAAUUGCACGAAGAGAAGCAAAUGUUGCUUCAACAGUUGCGAGAUGCUUUGCGUUCUAUGGCGAUGUUGGAGGGACAAUUAAAGAGUCUCAGUGCUAGUACGCUAUCGGUGAGCAGUAGUUCGAGUCUUGGUAGCCUCAGUACUACGAGCAGUAAAGGAUCUCUCAGUUCCGGGCUUAGUUUCACCGACAUUUAUGGCGGACCGCAAUGCUUGGGAUCCGUUGGUGGUAGCUCUCAACAGGACCGACCCGUCGAUAUGGUUGAUUUGCAUAGGCGCGUAGAACGAUUGCUGAGAGGCUCGGAACAGAACAAUCACGCUAGCACACCUUCUCCGGGAAGAUCUCAACCGAGUCUUUCCCCCCGGUCGAGUCUUUCGAGCGUAAGUCCACCGGUUUCGCCUCUUUACGAGAACGCUCCUAUGGGUCCACCGCCCGCGUACGAGCAAGUGGAAUUACAGAGAAGACAACAGAGGUCGGCCUUGUCGUCGAGCCUUAUGGUUUCUUCCUGUGCUCAUUUGGAUGGCAGUCAGCUUGAGGACAGACUGACCGAACUCAGGCUAAGUCAGCAACAAAAUACGCCUCAAGAACAGCAACACCAGCAGCAGCAACAACAAGUUUCUCUCCCUCCGCACGAUCGUCUGAAACUCGUCGUUGGCCCUCACCCACCUGUCGAAUUACAAUCUAGCAACAUGUCCCAAGGUAGCGGCUUGGGUAGGCCUGCUGCUACCCUUCCGGGAUGUAUUAUGCAAUUGCAAGAACCGCCACCUUUAUCGCCUAUCAGCGAGACCCCACCGCCUACGGGUAUACGUUCUAGGGCUAGCAGUUCCGGCACCAAUACCAGAUCCGUGUCUGCUGCGGUUUCCGAUGAAAGCGUUGCCGGUGAUUCGGGCGUCUUCGAGGCAUCCAAUCGCCGAAGGCUUUCUGGAUUGAUCGGAGAUGCUGCCGAUCCUCUCGUAUCUGCUGAAAUGAGUUUAGAAACGGCCCAAGUGCAAAUUAAACUUAGGUAUUCCGUGAGCGAUGGCCUACUUCAUAUUGGCAUCGAGCGUGCACGAAAUCUGGCUGCCCUUUUUAUACCAAACAAUGCACAAGUAUAUAUAAAGGCUGCGUUAUUGCCGAUGCAACCUCCUGUUAAUCAAAUGUGUUGUACGAAAGCAGUAACGGAUCUUCGAAAGCCAACAUUCGGCGAAAUAUUUCCCGUCGCUGUUCCUUUGAACAAGCUCUAUACGAAGACACUGCAGGUGAACGUUUGGUGUACCGGCAGCGAGUUUGAGGAGUGCUUGGGGUCCGCCCAAGUCUCGCUUGCAGACUUCAGUCCAGAAUCGCCGAGCGUAAAAUGGUACAACAUACUUUCCUUUCGCUUCAUGCAGCCGUCCGAUAGCCCUAAUACCAGUACUGCCAACAGUGCCUCGACUAGUACAACGAAACAGGCUAAACACGACAAACAAGAGUCGGACAUUUCGGUUUAUCGUGGAACACAAAAUGCCAAGGAAGAAAGUAGCGACGAAAGUACCAUCAUUAGUUCUCAAACAUCGACGUUGACGAGAAAUCAGGGUUGCGAUGAACUUCAAGCCGCUGUAUCUAUUAGGCUAGAAGAACUGGCCAAUUGUUUGGGUAGCCCGGAAGAAGAAGACGAGGACGGUGGUGGUGGUGGUGGUGGCGGCAGCGGUGGCGGUGUAGACGAUGGUUCUGACAGUGGCAGCGAAGACAGCGAAGAAGAAGAAGGUUAUAUCAUGGAAUUUAUGAUGGAAGAUAAUGUUCUGGAAGAUGUUUUAGAGCACGAGGAGGAAGAAGAGCUUAACGAAGAAACGAAACGAACUCAGGAUAAAGAGACCAACACGGAAUGUAUUUUUAUCCCGGAGCAAGGCAAACAGAGAAAACUUUCGGCAGCUGGAGUAGUACCAGGAGCUAUUCACGACGAUAAAAAUUCUAUCGUGAUAAAGAGGAGUCAAACGUUUUCACCGAGUGCUGCUGUUAGCAAGAAUCAUUACAUUUGUCGUCUCAAUCGAAGCGAUAGCGAUAGCAGCAUGCCGUUAUAUCGUAGAGGUGGGCCUUUCCAACGAAACUCCGUAGAAAGGCGUUCGCUUCGUUGGAGGCGACCGUCGUCGGCCUUAAGUUGCAAGACAACCUCCAAGAAAUCCAGUCACUUGCCUCCAACUGCCAGGACAUCGUUGGAUCUCGAAUUAGAUCUCCAAGCGCAACAUGCUAGACUGCAUAAUCUUCAGGACGAACUUAGCAGUUUGCGAGAAUUAAAGCAACGAAUGGAACAGGCACGCGAAAAGGGAGACACCGAUCUGGCCAGUUGGUUACUAGAGGACCACAAGUUCGUAACUCUGAUGGCACAAGCCGAGAGCGGUAGGAACGGGAAGAGUGCAGAGGAUAAGAAGGUGGAGAAGAUGUUGAAGAAAACGUCAAAGGAAAUAUAUAAGUUGAGAAAGACAAAGGCCGGCAAAGGAAAACCUGACAUCAUAUCUUUUAAAGAAAAAAUGGCAUUUUUUACGCGGGUAAACGUGAACGUCCCUGCUCUCCCGUCGGACGAUUUAUCCCCAGAAAGCUCGAUGCUGUCGACAGACGCGUUGCAAAAGAAAUACACGUCCGAAUCACCAACAGCACAGAGUGAAAGUGUUUCUAACAGUGGAAACGCAAUUGCCAUGAGAAGUAAUGCUAGUGCCAUGGGUAACGAUACUAGCAGUAGUGCCGGCAGCAAUAUCAACGUCAAAAGCGUCAAUUCGAAAGGCCGCCGGCCGAGCACCACGGAGAAUGGUCAAAAAGAAGAUGCCGAAAGCUCCGAGGAGAAUGCCAACGGGGAACCCAAGAGAUACGAAAGACGAGAUAAUCUUAAUCGAGCAUCUACCUGGUCGUAGAGUUCAUCUGCAAGAUUUUUUUUGGACUGGUAUAGAUGAUGCUCCACCAUGGGUGGAUCCAAAUCAAGGUUUGACAUUUUACGAGACUA